UCGACGUCGGACUACUGUUAGUCUGAAGUGAAGGAGUGCAAACAAUUGUUAGUGACGAACAAUUCCAGAGACGAACGAAGUUAUGGCUGCUUCAUCCAGCCAGUAUAUGGCUGUAGUAGCAAUUGACUUUGGAACAACAUUCAGUGGUUUCGCGUUUUCGUUCAACCAUCAAGAAGGUGAAAGGGGAAUCCUGGUGAACAAGGCUUGGGGAAACGAAAAAGGAUACCAGGCGCUGAAAACGCCAACAUGUCUACUGCUGGAUCCCAAAGAAAGGUUCCGUAGCUUCGGCUUCGAAGCAAAGGAGGAAUACGCCAUGCUGGAAGAAAAAGGCGACACGAAGUACUACUUCUUUGAUCUGUUCAAGAUGAGCUUAUUCAAGGAAGGCGAUGACCAGACUAUCACAGGGGAUACCACCUUAACUGCAAGAAACGGCAAACAACUGCGUGCGAUGGACGUCUUUGCACACGCUCUGCGUUAUCUGAAGGAUAAGGCAUUGGGAGUCAUGAAAGACAGAACGAAUGUGGAGUUCACAACAGCCGACAUCCAGUGGGUCCUGACCGUUCCAGCCAUCUGGCAGCCAAGUGCUCGUCAGUUCAUGAGGGAUGCUGCCUACCAAGCCAAGCUGAUUAGUCCAGCAAAUCCUGAACAACUCAUCAUCGCCCUCGAACCGGAGGCAGCGUCUCUGUGGUGUCGCGAGCGAAAGCUGGCCGAAUUCGCAGAGGAAACUGAUGAGGCGCUUGUGCGAGAUGCCGUUGCGAGAAAGGAAACAAGUUACUUAGUGGUCGACUGUGGAGGAGGUACUGUAGACAUCACCGCUCAUCGUAUCCAGCCAGAUGACUCCAUUCACGAGAUCUACCGGGCUACAGGGGGAGCGUGGGGUGGGAGUAAGGUGGAUCAAGAGUUAGAGGUGAAGCUCAAAGACAUAUUUGGGCUACAUCCCAUUGAUAGCUUUAAAAAAUUACACCCUUCUGAUUGGCUAGAACUCAUUUGGGAUUUUGAGAUGAAGAAGCGGUCUGAGCGGUCCGUUCAAGAUCGACCCACUCGUGUCAGACUGCCAACUAGUUUUGUAAACUUCUGUAUGAAAAACAGUAGUACUAACAUCCAGGAAGUAGUUAAGCAGCGGUACCCAAAUGGCGAGGUAACAGUGAACAAGGACUACCUUUGCCUUAAUGGUGGCAUCCUAACAGAAAUGUUCAGUCCAACGGUCAGUUCUAUCGUUGACAACCUUGGUAACCUGCUUCACAAUCCCAUGUUACGCGAUGUAGAGUAUUUCUUCCUUGUGGGUGGGUUCUCAGGGUCUGCAGUGCUACAGAAGGCCAUCAGAGACAAGUUUCAAAAUAAGUACCGUAUCUUAGUACCAGCCGAACCUGAAAUGGCCACUGUAAAAGGUGCGGUUAUGUUUGGAAAUACCCCAAACAUCAUCCAAACGAGAAUUAGUGGAAGAACGUAUGGUGUAGAUGCGUACGCAGCCUUUCAGGACAAUAUUCAUCCUACAGAUAAGAAGUUUUAUACAAGCGACGGGACAGCAUUGUGCGAAGACAUCUUUUCCAUUCUCGUACGGGUGGGCGAGGCGCUGCCCCUAGGUAAAAGUAAAACAUUUACAUUCCACCCCAUUGAGCCUGACCAGACAAAAGUCACUUUUCACUUCUACACAACCAGAUCAGACAACCCAAAGUUUGUAGACGACGAAGGAGUGAUCCGUGAAGGGAGUAGUAUCACAGUUAGCAGUCCAGAUAUCACAAAAGGGACAGGCCGAAGAAUAGAACUGAAAGUAAAGUUUGGAGGGACAGAAAUCACUGCUACUGCCAUUGACAUCGAGUCAGGUUCAAAUGUCACAUGUCAUGUUGGUCUCAUCACAAAGGAAAAAAGAAGAGAAUUUUCUGCCAUCAUGUAA